AUGGCGAGCGAUGAUGGUUUAAACCGUUUGGAAGGCACAUCGAACACAAAAGGUGGUUUAUUCAUCCGUAAAAAAAAGGAUAGUGAUGAUGAACUCUUUAAACAUCCCGGAAAGUCGCUUCUUGGUUUGGAUGUGCUAGCGAAGUCGCGUACGCGAGCUGAGGCAAAUUCUCGGAAACGUCGAAUUGAGGAUGGUUCACCUGGUGGCCUUUCAGAGAGCGUGCACAAGCAAAUUGCCGUCUAUGUAAUCGAGAAAUACAAGGGAGAGAGACGUGGAAUAUAUGCUGAUACGAGAAAAAAUGAGUGUGGGAAAAAAAGCCGUCAUCAUGACAAAGAAAGCUGGCAGAAGCACUCCAGAGGUCAGAGUUCACGAAAUCGAGAUGCAGAAACUCCUCUUUUUAAGACAGCUGAUACUCCGUCACGUUCAGCUUGGGAAGAGGAUGAUUCAGCACAAAUAUCAAAAAAAUAUCAUUCAAAUUGGGAUACACCAACUUCAUCUGGUCAUGAUGAUGAUAUAUCUUCGGCUCGUAGUGUUUCGAGCAUUUGGCAGAGCGAGCGUAAUCGGGAACGACAAAAGCAUAGUAAAAAAAGAAGUCGGGAGGAUACGACUCGUUCUGUCAAGGAAGAAGGAGAGUUAGUUCCUGAUUUUCAUGAUGCUUUUGAAAAAGCAGAAUGGGAACGAGAACAACAAAAAUUGGAUCGUGAUUGGUAUGGAAAUGAUCAAGGUUAUGAUGACGAAAAUAAUCCAUUUUCUCAGGUUUCGCAAGAAUACAUAGAAAAGAAAGAGAGACAAUGGCAACAAAAACGUGAAAAGCCUCGUCUUACAGUUCGCCAACAACAAAUUAAAAAGGACAAUAAAAUGUGGGAAAAUAAUCGACUGUCAAGAUCAGGUGUUGUAUCACUAACUGAUGAUGACGAUUUUCUCGACGAUGAAUCGGAUGAAAAUCGAAUAACACUGCUGGUGCAGAAUGUCGUUCCACCAUUUCUGGAUGGACGUUUCAUAUUUACAAAGCAAAAUAAACCGGUUGUUCCGGUGAAAGACAUAACUUCUGAUCUUGCUGUUGUUGCUGCGAAAGGAAGCAAGGUUGUCCGAAUGUGGCGUGAAAAAGAAGAGCAGAAAAAAGCACAGGAAAAGCAUUGGGAUUUGGCAGGUUCUAAACUGGGGAAUUUGAUGGGCGUUAAAGUAGCACCAGAUGAGAUAAGCAGCGAUGAUGCUGGGAUAUCCUAUAGGGAAUCGCAACAGUUUGCAUCUCAUUUGGUCGAGUCGGGAGCAGUUUCGGAUUUUGCGCUGAAAAAAUCUAUUAAAGAACAACGGGAAUAUUUACCCGUAUUUGCAGUGAGGCAAAAAAUGCUCAGUGUUAUCGCAGAUAAUAGUGUUGUGAUUAUUGUUGGUGAAACAGGUAGCGGCAAAACAACACAAUUGGCUCAAUAUUUACUCGAAGAUGGCUAUGGCAAUUUUGGUCUCAUUGGUUGCACACAACCACGCCGAGUAGCAGCAAUGUCAGUGGCAAAACGGGUUGCUGAAGAGAUGGGCGUUGAAUUGGGCCAAGAAUGUGGUUACGCUAUUCGAUUCGAAGAUUGUACUUCGGAGAAUACGCGAAUCAAGUAUAUGACUGAUGGUAUUCUGCUCCGAGAAUGUUUGAGUGAUCCAGAUUUAGACCAGUAUUCUGCCAUCAUCAUGGACGAAGCUCAUGAAAGGUCACUGAAUACCGAUGUGUUAUUCGGCCUUUUGCGAGAUGUGAUUGCCCAUCGAGCAGAUCUCAAACUUAUAGUUACUUCCGCCACUAUGGAUGCAGAAAAGUUUGCUAAUUUCUUCGGCGGUCAUACUCCAUGCUUCACUAUUCCUGGUCGUACGUUUCCGGUGGAAAUAUUUCACGCUCGAACACUCAUGGAGGAUUACGUUGAUGCAGCAGUGAAACAAGCUGUAAGGGUCCAUCUGGGUGGUACAGACGGAGAUAUAUUGAUAUUCAUGCCUGGACAAGAAGAUAUUGAGGUUACUUGUGGGAUGAUCAAGAAUCAACUGGAAGAAUUGGAUGAAGCUCCACCGCUUGCUGUACUGCCAAUUUAUUCGCAACUUCCAAGUGAUUUGCAAGCAAAAAUAUUCCAGAAGGCUCCAGGUGGCAUCCGCAAAUGCAUUGUGGCAACAAAUAUCGCUGAAACAUCAUUGACCGUAGAUGGCAUACUCUUUGUUAUUGAUCCUGGCUACUGCAAGUUGAAGGUUUUCAAUCCUCGCAUUGGUAUGGAUGCGCUUCAGGUUUUUCCAAUAUCGCAAGCCUCAGCUAAUCAAAGGUCUGGUCGGGCUGGUCGUACCGGUCCGGGGCAGUGUUUUAGACUUUAUACUGAGAGGCAGUUUAAGGAAGAAAUGUUGGUAGCUACUGUACCAGAAAUCCAAAGAACAAAUCUUGCAAAUGUAGUUUUAUUGCUGAAAUCUCUGGGAGUCGAUGAUCUGCUAAAAUUUCAUUUUAUGGAUGCACCUCCUCAAGAUAAUAUGUUGAAUAGCAUGUACCAGCUGUGGACGCUAGGUGGACUCACUGAUUUGGGUAGAAAAAUGGUAGAGUUUCCGCUGGAUCCAACUCUUUCCAAAAUGUUGAUUGUGUCGGAAGGAAUGGGUUGCAGUGAUGAAGUGCUUACAGUCGUUUCAAUGCUUUCUGUGCCUGCUAUAUUUUUUCGUCCUAGGGGACGAGAGGACGAUGCCGAUGCAAAGAAAGAAAAAUUUCAGGCAUGUUGUGAAGAAGAUAUGAAGUAG